AUGCUUAAUUUAAGUCACAAUAAAUUCAAGAAAGCGUUUGUAGACUGGUGGACAAACGGUCAUCAAAUAAUAGAUUUGAGAUUUAAUUCCAUUAAAACAUUAUGGGAUUGCGAAGACAUUGCAAUAUCCCAAAAUUAUAAAACUGCAAUUAGCACACCUUUAAAAGAAGUUUGGAUUGGUAAUAACGAUUUUGGUUGUGAUUGUAAAAAUAUAUGGUUUCUUGAUUUUAUUCAAACACACUGGAAAGCGAAGAUUAUUGACAUCGACUCCAUUCAAUGCUCUUUAUGUCAAGUG